ACUUACCACUAAAAAAAACAAUUUGCAACAGAACUAAAGCAGCUCACCCAACACUAGUACAAGCACACGUUAUGAAGGUCACCUGGAACACCCCCUUAAGCAGCUUGUUCAAGCACAAGUUCGGCAAGUUCAACGUCCAAUUGGAACGUGACAUUAGAACGAGAUUGGACUCUCUUUCAUCGGUCACCAAGAUCUAUGCCAACCCAGAUGGCACUCCAAGAGUCCCUACUGACCAAGAGUUCAAGACCAUCGCCGAUCUCCAGAACUUAUACUAUAAGCGUAACCACUCUGCAUGGAACCUCUUGCUCCCUGGUAUUCCAAAGGAACUGUUGGACUUGUACCGUGACAACACCCAAGACUUGAAAAACUUCCAAUUUGUCACCAAGGAUGCCGGUAAAAUCAUCGAUAAGGUUCCUUACAAGGAUGAAGCCACUGGAGAAUUGCGUUGGAAGGUGAUCAGAGAAACUGAAAAGGCUGAAGGUUGGGAAUUCCCACUCUACUACUUUGUGCUCCCAGUGUUUUUGUAUGUUUGUUACGCCAAGUACACUGCUCACUUCUAUGACAGAGAGAAUUAUGGACCAGACUGGGCCGAAAAGGAAUUGCGUUUGAGAGCCAUGGAAGACUACUUCAAGGGUGACACCGCCAAGGCCACCGAGUUCUUGUCCAACGAAGGCAAGUCCACUCGUGAAAUCAGAGACAGAGACGAUUUGGUCAUUGCCAGAAUUUUGGGUGGAGACUACGACAAAUUAUCUCAAUUAAAGAAGAAAUUGCCUGAAGGUUUAGUCAAGAAGGAAGACAAGAACCCUCACUUGAACAUUUAAAGGAACCAUACCUCCCCUGACCUCCCCUCUCCCCCCAUGUGGUCUCACGAUUAGCCACAGGUAGGCUGUAACACCAUGACGCAACUAACUUCCCACACACGAUCACCCACAUUAGACAGACAAGACAGACAUCGGAACCCAUCGUACACAUGCCAUAGGCGUGUGUAGGCCGUAC